CCCGCUCGCUUGCGCCUCGCUCUCAGAAGCUCCCACUCCAGACGCACGCAAGGCGCUGUCCUUUCAGCACCACCAGCUCCGGCUGAGGAGGGAGGACUCCUGGCCGUCCUCCUCCUCCUCUUCAAAUUGGCUUGAAUCUGCUCUGACCCCCCAAGAGUGCAGCACAGUCUGGGAAGAAAGGCGUAAGGAUGGUGAAGCUGAACAGUAACCCCAGUGAGAAGGGAACCAAGCCGCCUUCGGUUGAGGAUGGCUUCCAGACCGUCCCUCUCAUCACUCCCUUGGAGGUUAAUCACUUACAGCUACCCGCUCCGGAAAAGGUGAUUGUGAAGACAAGAACGGAAUAUCAGCCUGAACAGAAGAACAAAGGGAAGUUCCGGGUGCCGAAAAUCGCUGAAUUUACGGUCACCAUCCUCGUCAGCCUGGCCCUAGCUUUCCUCGCCUGCAUUGUGUUCCUGGUGGUUUACAAAGCCUUCACCUAUGACCACAGCUGCCCAGAAGGAUUUGUCUAUAAGCACAAGCGCUGUAUCCCGGCCUCCCUGGAUGCUUAUUACUCAUCCCAGGACCCCAGUUCCAGAAGCCGCUUCUACACGGUCAUCAGCCACUACAGCGUGGCCAAGCAGAGCACUGCCCGGGCCAUCGGGCCGUGGCUGUCGGCAGCCGCCGUCAUCCACGAGCCCAAGCCGCCCAAGACCCAGGGCCAUUAGAGGCCCACCCCCAGCCAGAAUCGGGGGCGGAGAGGGGGACCCCCGUGGGCUAAGCCAAGCUCCAGUUACAAGACAACGCUGAACU